GGGAGCCUGAUAGAAGUAUGAUAAGUCAGGCUGCUGAGUAAAAUUUUCUAUUUUUUCUUAUAAUAGGGAAGUUAAGAAAGGAGCAGCCGGCCAAGAUGACGGGAGGUGUGGGCGACGGUUCAGGAAAGGUCCUGACGCUUGACGAUUUUAUCGAAGCUUUGGACAGGCGAGAAAGGGGGCCAACUAAUGUUCCGAAGGUUGAUACGUUCCACUUCAAUGGAGAGCGGGUAUCCGAUUGGUUAAAUCUGGUUGAGCAGGCGCUGGUAGGGUUGUCAGAUGAAGUAAAGUUCCAGCGAAUUUUGAGGUUCGUCCUUCAUGGGCAUCAUCAGGAAGUGGGUAAGGUUGUGGAGGUCGCAAAUGGUAGUUGGGCAAGGUUUAGGGAUGGGAUGCAAAAGAAGUACAGACUGGGUGAUGGUCUGCUAACUACAACAGAUUUGGAAGUCAUGAACAAGGACGACUUCACCACAAUCGGGGCGUUUGUGCAAGAGUUUAAGAAAAAGGCGAGGAAACUGGGUGAUGGUCUGCUAACUACGGCAGAUUUGGAAGUCAUGAACAAGGACGACUUCACCACAAUCGGGGCGUCUGUGCAAGAGUUUAAGAAAAAGGCGAGGAAAGUGCAUGGGAUUUCUGAAGAAGCACAAUGCGCUAUCUUUUUGGGGCUGCUCACCGCCUCAGAAGCUUCAGAGCUUACAAGCCAUUGGGGAGGAAGUGCGAAGCUCACAUGGGCUACUAUUGAUAAGGGAGUGGAGGAUGGAAGCUUGGACCAGGUAGAGCAGCACCAAAUGCGCCUGCAGAAGCGGAAGAGGAAGAAAAGGGACACCGCCGCAUCUGGGACCCCGGAAGUAAAGAAGAUCAUCACGGACGUGCUAGCAGAGUUUGGUUACGACAAGGAUGCCGAGAUGCAGAAAAAGGUGGUGACCGUGGUCCAAGGUCGGAUGUCAGAGGUGGUGGACUAGGAGACCGGACGCGAGGACUACGGUGGGGAGGAAACGGGUAAACAGCGCAAUCUAUUGAU